AACGCUAUUCUCGCCAUCUUUUCGCGUUUUAUUUGGUCGCUUCGUUUGAAAAUGUGUUUGGAUGAUUGAGUUUGUCUAAUUCGCAAGGAAACCUCAAAAAUCAACCAAAAUCAUGGCUACUCAGUCAUUGUUACCGAGCGAAGUGUCACUACGACUAGGUCAGCGCAUCUCCAGCGAUCUGCCGAGCGUUACUGAACGCUACUUCAAGCCCCGGUUUCUUCUUGACGCAAGUGGGCAGAAGGGCGAGGACCAGUGUGCACUCUUCCAUUCCAACAGAAUCGUUCUGGUCACGCUGGCUCCGUCCCAUCCGAUCCUGAGGGAAGGAAAGACGGCGACCAAGGUGAACUUCCAAGUGAACGAGAAACUCAACCGCCUCUCCAACCAAGUCUCCGGCAAGUGGAAAAGGGGAGGCCAGAAGCUGCAGAAGGAGUCUGCGAUGUGCAUUGUUUCCUGUGCGGACGGUUCGGAGUACACGCUGGUCAGCACCGUUCCUGGCGCGCUCAUGGAGGUCAACGACCGGCUCACCACGGCCCCUGAGCUCCUCACCCAAAAGCCCUGGUCUUCUGGGUACAUCGCUAUUGUGCUGCCCCCCAUGAAGCUGGACACAAUGCUGCUGGACACAAUGGUGUCUCCGGACAGCUACGUGCAGCAGAGGCAAGACUCCAUACCCGACCGUUACCUGACUGCCGAAAAGAUGCCGGACCUACCAGCUACACCGCUCCUGGACGACGUUUAAAUGCGUCACACCAAUGACGUCCUCCCUUGGCUCCAUUAAAAGAAUGGGUACCUUCUUGUAAAACGUGUUGGUCACCUUCUGCUAAUACAGU